CUACAACCGGUUAGUUACGAUUUAGAACGCUAGAAGUGCGGACAGAGAGUGAACAAAAUAUAGACAAUAUGAUCGGAAUAUAUCUAUUGAUCGGUGCGGUCACACUGCUUUAUGUGUACCUCAAGUGGACAUUCAGCUACUGGGAUCGAAAGGGUUUCCCCAGCACGGGGGUGAGCAUUCCUUUCGGUGCCAUGGAAGCCGUGGCGAAGGGAAAACGAUCCUUCGGCCUGGCCAUCUACGAUAUGUACCGAUCGACCAAAGAACCGGUGAUCGGAUUGUAUCUCACCCUGAGACCUGCUCUACUGAUCAGAGAUGCUCAGCUGGCAUACGAUGUGCUGACCAAGGACUUUGCCAGCUUCCACGAUCGUGGGGUUUACGUGGAUGAAAAGAACGACCCGAUGUCGGCGAGCUUGUUCCAAAUGGAGGGCGCCAGUUGGAAGGCCCUACGAUCCACGCUGACUCCGGCGUUUACUUCCGGAAAACUAAGAGCCAUGUUCGAAACCUCCGAUGCCGUUGGUGAUAAGUUAAUAGCCAGCAUGAAGGCACAGCUGCCCGAAUCGGGCAGCAAGGAGCUGGAACUCAAGAAACUAAUGUCAACGUAUGCCAUCGAUAUUAUUGCCACGACUAUUUUUGGCCUUGAAGUUGACAGCUUUGCAGAUCCUAACAAUGAAUUCCAGGCUAUCGGCAAAAAAAUUAACCGCAAAAAUUUUGAAGAUAUUGCUCGCGGAGCAGCAAGAAUCCUCUUUCCCGGGCUGGAGAAGUUCUUUGUGCGAAUCGGCUGGAAGCAGGAGGCCACAGAGAGGAUGCGCGAGUUGUCGCACAGGACUGUCGACCUCAGGGAGAAGAACAAUAUAGUUCGCAAGGACUUGCUGCAACUCCUUCUGCAACUGCGGAAUCAGGGAAAGGUCAACGCUGAUGAUAAUAAUUGGUCAGCGGAGAGUACCAAAAAUGGAAUAAAAUCUAUGUCAAAGGAUGUGAUUGCCGGCCAGCUAUUUCUGUUCUACAUUGCCGGCUAUGAGACGACAGCCUCUACAACAUCCUUCACUCUCUACGAGCUCACCCAAAAUCCCGAGGUGAUGGAAAAGGCGAAGGAGGAUGUACGAAAAGCUCUUGAAAACCACGGCGGAAGGCUGUCCUACGAUGCCAUCGCGGACAUGAAGUACCUGGAGGCCUGUAUUCUCGAAACUGCUCGAAAAUAUCCGGCCCUUCCACUGCUGAACAGGAUCUGCACUCAGGACUACCCUGUGCCCGAUAGCAAACUAGUGAUCAAGAAGGGCACACCCAUCAUAAUCUCCAAUUACGGAUUGCACCGGGAUCCCGAGUAUUUCCCCGAUCCUCUUAGCUAUCAGCCAGAACGUCAUCUGGAGGAGAGCAAAAACUACAACGAAGCGGCCUUUAUGCCUUUCGGAGAGGGCCCAAGGAUGUGCAUCGGCGCCCGCAUGGGAAAGGUGAAUGUGAAGAUAGCGAUUGCCAAGGUUUUGUCGAACUUCGAUCUGGAGAUCCGCAAGGAAAAGAGCGAGAUCGAGUUCGGAGUCAAUGGAGUGCCGCUGAUGCCAAAGUCCGGGGUUCCCGUGCGACUGUCUCUCAAAAAGUAGGCCCUAGUCUAGCUCUUAAGCUAUGUAAACCCUAUAAUAAAUCUGCAAUACGUAUUGAUGAGACAAACACA